CUUCUAUUUGUACUUUCAAACAAGAGGCAUUUUUAUUGAGAUUUAUGAGCGAUGGUAAAAAAUAAAGAACUAAAAUGAACAGUGAAGAGAGAGAAGAGAAGAAAGCUGGUGCGUCUUGGCCAUUCACACGAUCUGAUCAAGUAUUGAGUUGGACGAUUUGUCAAAGAAGUAUUAACGCACUGUGAUGAUGUUGAGAAUAUAUAUUUUACAGAACAUAAUAAGCUGAACUUUAUGCAUUGACAGGGUUCAUAUAAUGUAAUUAUUAUUAUAGCAUAUUACAAUGACACGUUUGACAAUCAUAGCGACGCUGACACUGGUGGUGAACCUUAGCAUGGCUGGAGAUGUGCAUGAAGAUGACGACAAUGCGAUUACUGUAUCCGAUACAUGUACGAAUGCGCCAACAAAUUGUUCGUGCUCAAUUGAUGACAAUCCGCCUCGUGUAACUUUAAUCAUUAAGUGCCAAAAAGAAUUUAACAACAGUGCUCUCGAGGAAUUGUUCGUUAGUAUGAAAGGGAAUAUAACACAUGUGCAAUUUAGAAACAGUUAUUUGAAAGAAGUACCGAGACAACUGUGCAUUCUAAAACGCUUGACCUCACUCGAUUUGUCCGGGAAUAAUAUCCAGCAUUUGUCAAGAAAAUCAAUCGGAUGUCUAAACCAUAUUUCCGUAUUGGACCUUUCAAACAAUGAAGUACGUCGUCUUGAAAACUUUACAUUCAGUGGAUUGGAACAGUUACGAGAACUUUAUCUCGGUUUCAAUAAGAUAGAUUUCAUUGAUACGGCUGUUUUUAACAAAGAUCUCAAAAGUCUGUCUUUAAUCGAUAUGCAGCGCAACAAACUCCGAGAAAUUGACUUCUGGGUGUUCCGCUUGCCCAAUGCUCUCCAAAGUGGUCAUAAAGUGUUUCUCAAUUUGACUUUCAACAAAUUAGAAACCUUCACAAACCAUAUCAAUUGGAGCAUUAAUGAGGCAAAAUUGGGUCAUGAAGUUCUUAUCAAUUUCCAAUACAACAACUUCGGACGACUAGGAGAAUUGAUCAAAGUAUUUAAACUUAUUCAUGUUGACAUAGAUAAUCCGAUCGUGAUGUUUUUGCAACUAAGACGACUUUGGGACAUGGGAUUUGACUUUAGAUACAAUAAACUAUAUUGUGAUUGUGAUAUGUUUAAAAUAACAAAGCUCAUAAAAAAUUUCAUACCGAUGUUUAACAGAACCGUGGUCGAGUAUUAUAUCAACAUUCCUUGCUAUUAUCCUAAGAAUCUACGUGGCAUGAUAUUCUAUACAGUUCCAGAUAACAUGUUCCAGUGUUCAGUCAAGAAAGACUGCCCAGAGUCAUGUUCAUGUGUUCAUACUCCUGCAAAUAGAACAACUCGGGUAGAAUGUCACGACAUCAAACGUCUCCCAGAUAGGAUUCCGUGUGAAGACAACAUUGAACUGAGACUUGCAAACAAUGCAAUCGAAACAUUAAAACCAAAGUCAUAUACCAGAAAUGUGUCAGUCUUGGAUGUCGCAAACAAUAAAAUAUCUUCCAUUAAACCCUCUCUGGUCAACAAAAUAGUAAAAUCAAAGAAAACCAGUCUACUACUUGAAUUGAACCGCAUAGAAUAUCUUCCCGAAACAGCAUGGAAACAAAUCAAUCCCACAAAUGUACGUGAGAUAAGGUUAGGACAAAACCCGUUGCAAUGUGAUUGCAAAAGCCUUUGGUUGAAACAUUGGCUGAUAAAGAACAGGGAUGUCGUUUCUGAUAUCAUGACUGUACAAUGUGACAAUGAACCUGUAAGGGGUAAACGCAUAAUUGAUAUUGCUGACUCUGAUUUCUUUUGCGUCAACUGGGCUCUGGUCACGCUACAGUUGAGCAUUAUGUGUGGCCUCGUUCUCAUUGGCUUUAUCGGUGUCGCCUUUGCGUUGGCUGAUGACAGAAGAAUGACACCAAUUCAAUCUUAUUUUGAUAUUAACUUGAACUUCGAUAUAUUUCUUUCGUUUUGUGACAAGGAUAAACAGUGGGUCAAAAGAUAUUUGAUCGAUACGUUGAUGUAUGAAGAUGGCUUAACAGGCCAAGAUCUAGAUUACGGCGCGUGUGGUCCAGCACCGGGACAUGAACCUGGUAAAUGGUACUACAUAGCGUUUGCCGACAAAGACUUUGUCCACGGCCAACAGAUAACACAGAACAUCGCUAACUUCAUCGCUACUAGUCGUGUAACCCUGAUGGUUAUCAGUAAGAACUUUCUGCAGAGCAACUGGUGUAAGUAUGAAUUCCGAACUGCCCACAAUAAUGCAUUGAGUCGGAAGGGCGUGAAGUUGAUCGCGAUCAAGUACGGUGACCUGCGGGGUGUCCCUAUUGAUACUGACCUCGAGAUGCAUCUUCAAUCGCACACGUACCUGGACACAAACGAACCUGAUUUUUACGGCAAGCUAAAGAGGGCGCUCCCUGAACCUCUAUACAAGCGAUUACAAGAAGACGUGGAGGACAUUGCCGAAUCAAUCGAUGGAUGCCCGUUACUUAGAGGCGAUGAGAAUAGACGUGUAUAUGACUAUGGAGCGAAGGACGUCCCCGAGGCCCAUAAAGACAAUUGCUACUCCCCAUUAUUGUGUGAUUACAACCCUAGGAACGCUAUGCAACGUUUAUCAAUUAAUCAUGGAGACAGCGUCUAGCUUUAAAACAAUAAUUUAAUCCAACUAAUCGAAACUCUACUAGUCAAAAGAGAAAUGUUAACAAUGAAUUAACAAAUCAGUUUAAAAGUUUAAUAUAGUUUAUUUUUGUGUCACAAGCAAUAAUAUUAAAAUACAUUUAAAACACUUUUUUUAAAAAACAUUGCUUCUAGCCGAUGCCGGCUUAUGAGACACCAAGUUGAUACAUGUGUGGGUAAUAUUAAAAUUCCCAUGUGAAAAUUAGUCAUUGUACCAGAUACAGUUCAGACAAAUAAAUAAAUUCCAAAUUGAAAUGAGACUUCUUAAAGUC